GUGUGUGUUGGCGCUUGUCUCUGUUCCUCUCAGUCAAGUCAGGUGGAACUUAAACCCCACUCCCGUCUCCUUGCUGAGAUUUGACCGCUUCGUGUGAGCCGCAGGAAUGUGUGUGUCCUGCUGAAGUCAGUCCGGUCGCUCGGGAGCUUCUGCAGACCUCAUCAGGGAGAGAUGGAGAACGGAGGGUCUGAAAACAUCCUGGAUGACGAGGAGGUGCUGUGGGAGAAUGUCGAGAAGAACCGCUACAUCCUGUGUCGCUACAUUAACCCCCACAAGCUGACCUCCUACCUCAGGCAGUGUAAGGUCAUCGACGAGCAGGAUGAGGACGAGGUGCUGAACUCCUUACUGCUGCAGACAAAGCCCAACCGUGCAGGUCGACUGCUGGAUAUUCUUCACACUAAAGGCGAGCGGGGCUAUCUGGUAUUCCUGGAAAGUCUGGGGCUGUACUACCCCGACCUGUACAAGAUGGUCACUGGCAAAGAACCAACUCAGAGUUGCCCUUAUAUCGUUGAGGAGGACCCUGAGGGUCUGACCCAGUUCCUAAUGAACGAAGUGAUGAAGCUGCAACAGCAGUCGAAGGCCAAGGACGUACAGCGCGUGGACAUCAUGGCCAAGUGUCGCACGCUGGAGGACGAACAGAAGAAGCUGCGACUCGCCAACCAGGAGCUGCACACCUUCCAGGAGCGCUAUAACAAGAUGAAGGAGGAGCGGAACAACUGCAACGAUGAGCUCAUUAAAGUAAAGGAUGAAAAUUACCAGCUGGCCAUGCGCUACGCUCAGCUCAGCGAAGAGAAGAACAUGGCGGUCAUGAGGAGUCGAGACCUGCAGCUGGAGAUUGACCAGCUGAAGCACAAGCUGAACAAGGUGGAGGAGGAAUGCAAGAUGGAGAGGAAACAGUCUCUGAAACUAAAGAACGAUAUUGAGAACCGUCCUCGCAAAGAGCAGAUUUAUGAGCUGGAGCGAGAAAAUGAAGUUCUGAAGAUCAAACUCCAGGAACUUCAGUCUCUCAUACAGCCCGGGCCGUUGACGGACUCAGACAAGGCCCUCCGGGACAUCCUGGAACAUGACCGGCAGGAAGCCCUUGAGGAUCGACAGGAGCUGGUGAACAGACUUUAUAACCUGCAUGAAGAGCUGCGGCAGGCCGAGGAGCUCAGGGACAAGUACCUUGAGGAGAAGGAGGACCUUGAGCUGAAGUGUUCCACUCUGAUGAAGGACUGUGAGAUGUAUAAGAACCGCAUGAACACCAUCAUGUUCCAGCUGGAGGAAGUGGAACGUGAACGCGACCAGGCAUUUCGAGCUCGGGACGAAGCCCAGAACCAGGUGUCUCAGUGUCUGAUCGACAAAGACAAGUACCGUAAACAGAUCCGCGAGCUGGAGGAGAAGAGCGAUGAACUGCACAUCGAGAUCAUGCGUAAAGAAGCUAAGAUAGUCACGCUUGAGUCCAAAAUGAGGCGGCUCUCCAAAGACCAGGGUUUUGAUCUUACCCAGAGUCUGCCUCGAGAUAUUUUACCCCUGACCAAAUUUCAGCUCGCCGAGCAUGCAGACCCCAAGCUGGAGGGGCCGUCCGAGGACUCGGGGGAGGAGAAUUCAGACGACAUGUUCUUCUUCACGCCCAGCAACGACGUCCCGUCGCAGAUUAAACGCAGACCGAAUCUCAAAGGGAUAAGAGUGAAAUCGCCCAUCUCCCCGCCAAAACUGUUGGAUUUCCAAGGUUCACAUCAUGCCAGUGGGGAGAUCUCAGACACCAUAAGCCCAGACACUCACCCCAUGAUAAUUAGCUCCGCCUUCACCGCACAUUCAACUGUGAGAGGAAACUGGAGUACCCGGAGGAAACCCACCAAGCACAGGGACAGCAUACAAACUCUACGCACACAGAGGCAGGAAUCGAAUCUGGCCGGGAAUCGAACCCGGACCCUGGAGGCCCGUAACAGAAACUGCAGCAUUAUGUCCACAACCGCUGAGCCUCCAGAGAAGGCCUCCAUCCUCAGGAGGACUAAAGAAGGAGACCAUGAAUUCUUGCCGCGAUGCCUCGACACCCUGGACUCUGAUGGAGACUGUGCAGAUCUGGAGGAUACAGACACCUAUGGCCCACCCUCCAUCCACUCCUCGUCAUCCUCUCAUCAGUCAGAGGGCAUGGACUCGUACGAUCUCGAGCAGGUCAACAACAUCUUCAGGAAAUUUUCCCUAGAGAGACCAUUCCGUCCCUCUCUCACAUCGUGCACUCGUCCUAACACUUUACCCCCAGUGCAGAAGCUCUCUCUUCUUGGCGACUCUCUCCUGACGGACAUCACUCUGGUCGGCGGCAACGACAGCGGCAUAUUCGUUUCCUCUGUGGUUUCCGGCUCGAGCGCUGAAAAGGCCGGCUUACGAAUGGGACACCACCUCUUAUGGCUGAACGGCUGUAUCCGGGGAGAAAGCCAGAGCGUGUCUUUGGAUACGUGCACUCAGGAAGAGGCUCACUGGACACUUCAGAGAUGCACUGGGCCAGUCCAACUCCAUUACAGAAGCAACACUGAGGCCUACAGACGUCUGCAGAAGGACAUCGAGGAUGGACGAGUGGUGUCGGGCGACUCCUUCUACAUCCGGGUCAACCUUAACAUCUCGGGCCAGUCGGACUGCUGCUCGCUGAGCGUACGGUGUGACGAGGUGCUCCAUGUUUUGGACACACGCUACCAGGGCAAGUGUGAGUGGCUGUGUGCACGUGUGGACUCGUAUACUGACAAGGACCAGGAUAAGGGCACCAUCCCGAGCUACAGCAGGGCCCAGCAGCUCCUCCUGGUGAAGAUCCAGAAGCUUAUGUGUCGUGGCAGCCGAGAAGAGACAGAUAGUCUGAGGGGACUCAGGAAUAUGUUGCAGCCCGAGGAAGCUGCUCCGUCGGACCCGAAGUGCAGUCCUCGCCUGUCCAGGGCCAGCAUCUUCAUCUGUCAGAUCCUGCAGUUUGUCAGCAGGGCAGAUAACAAGUACAAGAGGAUGGACAGCAACGACCGCGUGCGCAUCCUCAACGCCGGCAAUCUGUCAACUCUUCCCAAAUCUGGCUUUGAAACCAUGAAGCCUGAGGAUUCAUCCGACUCCGAGAGUGAUUUGAACAAGAGCGACCUCAACCUGAUCCCGUACAGUCCGGUGACGCCACACCGCUGUCCACGCAAGCGGCCCGUCCUCUUCUCUCCCAAUAUCCUGGCCAAAACCAUCGUCCAGAAGUUCCUUAACUCCGGGGGGGCCAUGGAGUUCAACAUCUGCAAGCCAGACAUCCUGACCAAAGAGGAGUUCCUGAUGAAGCAGAAGAUAGAGACGAUCAUCUUCUCGAAGGAAAGGCAGGCGAGCACGUACGAGUGCAUCACCCCGGAGAACAUCGAAGCCGUAGCCUUUAAGAGUAAACACUGUCUCCUGGAAGCGGAUCUGAGCUGCGCCAAAGAAUUGCUCAGGAGAGAAAUCUACCCCAUCGUUAUCUACAUCAAAAUCUGCGAGAGGAACAUCAAGAAAUUAAGGAGGCUGCCACUGAAGGUGGACUCGGAGGAGGAUUUCCUGAAGAUGUGCCGCGCUAAGGAGAAAGAGCUGGAAGCCCUGCCGUGCCUCUACGCCACCGUGGAGCCCGACUCGUGGAGCGGAGUGGAGGAUCUCCUCAGGCUCAUUAAGGAUAAGAUCCUGGAAGAGCAGAAGAAAACAGUGUGGGUGGAGCAAGACCUGCUGUAGAUCACCUGACCCAAAAGACCGACAGGCAGCCACAGACUCAGACAGCGUAGGUUACAACGAUCUCUCGUCGGAGUUUGUGGCGCGGCUGGAACGUAUACGCAAGUCACUGCCAUGCAGAGAGGAAGUGAUGUGGAGGUGUAUGUGGUUCCUGUGCAGUGAAAAAGAGAAAGGGAAGAAGACGGUCCCGGCCCGAAGGUGGAAGCGUUCUCAUUCGAAGCUGUUCGUUCUCCAAAUGUGCUGCUGUGGUCAAUAAAACAUUAUCUUGUUCGCGUUCCGUGUGAAAUCCCCAAUAAGACACAGUCCAUUGCGUUCCCUUGGAUUCCAUCUGCUAUUAUUAUUUUCCCCUUUUGCAAAUGCUCGCUGCAGUCCUCAUUUAUCAUCCUGAGUGACCACAAACAAGAUGAAUGUUGAUAAUUCUAAACCGAAUUUGAUGCCCUUAUCAUUGCAUUCCUUAAACGACGGACCAGAGCCCUGAUUUAUUUCACUCCAUCUUCGUGUUGUCAGUAUAUUUAUUUUAUAGCCGACAUUGCAGUGCAUUAUUUAAAAAAAGGCUGUGUUGUUUCCUCCUCUCUGGUGUGUACAGAUGAUGUGUGGGUGGAAGACGUCUCUUUGCUUGUUAUAGGUUCUACACACAUACAGUAGGUGUACAGUACAUGCCGUACGGUGCAUAUUCCCAUAUUUCACAGAAAAAAAAGCAUGCAGCAUUAAGUUGGACCCAAUGAGUGAUUUGAUUAUUAUGAGAAGACGUUUCUUCUUUUAGAGCUUCUCUAACUUUUAGAACUUUUAGAUCAGCUAGAUACUUGCAGACAACAACAACAACAACAAAAAGGAAACUGGCAACAAAAGGUUUGGUUUGUUUGUCUCUGAAGUUCUCUCUGGUGGAAAAGUGAACGUCUCUCUCUCUCUCUGUCUCUCUGUCUCUCUCUGUCUCUCUCUGCUGCACCAACCGUUAACACGUACCCUCAAGACAUAGAGUGUAAUCCCGCCAUAACUUUCAUAUCAAUACAAAAGCACAAAUGAGUCGCUAUUUUUUUAUUUGUUUUGUUAACGGCAAGACACUACAGGUAGUCGUGUCAAUCAUGGAGAAUAACAAUAAAUGUCUUCUUUUAAGCUGUAGCAAAAAACACAUCAGAAUGAAUCAUAAAAGUCUCAUGUUUUAAGCUCCACCCACUUGGCACAACCACGCCAUCAAAUUGUACAUACCUGAAAAGCUUGUUUUGUCAAACUUAUGUCAUUUUGGUAUAAAUCCGAUUUGAGCUUUAUAUACACCACAAAUUUUUUAACCUUUUUUUUCCCAGGAAUAUAUCAGAACGGAAUGCAGGUUGUUAUUGGAUUUAUGUUAGAUUUUAUUCUAGGGGGGAAAGAAGCCACUUUAUUUUGAUAAUUAAUUAAUAAAGAAGCGAUUUUCCAAGUCUUCCUCUGGAGAGCCUGUUUGCAGUAAAAUAAAUAUUUAAAUUCCAACAACAUCAAAAAGACUAGAUUUUGGUUUAAUUAAGUAUGCAAAUGGGUGUGUAUUUCAUUAUGCAAAACCUAAUUUGCAUAGAUAAAUGUAUGUUCUUUUCCUAUAAAAAAAAAUCUGCUGGCAAAAGUUGA